CCCAUAUCUUUUCUUCUUUAAUUUUAAGCCUUCCCCUCUCUUCUACUUUCAGCUUGCAGAAAAGCCACUAACUCAAACCACUCUGUAUAUUGGGGUUAUUAAAACAGAGCCAUUAAAAAAAUCGAACUUUCAGUUCUCUAUUGCUACGUACUGAAACAAGGGCUUAAGAGUAUCUUCUGACAUUGGUGAAAAUGGUUGGCAAGGAGAGUUUGAGGAGUGGGGUAUUGAACUUGGGCUUUGAGAAACUUAUGAUGGUUGGUGGUGAUGGAGAUAGUGGGAAAGGAGUGAACUUGAAAGCUGGCGGGAUCAUGGAAUGGAAGGAUAUUCCAGUGGAGCUUUUGAUGCAAAUUCUGUCACUUGUUGAUGAUCAAACAGUGAUCACAGCUUCUGAAGUUUGUCGUGGGUGGAGAGAGGCAAUUUGCUUUGGCCUGACUCGUUUAUCGCUCUCAUGGUGUAGCAAGAACAUGAAUAACUUGGUCCUCUCUCUUGCUCCUAAGUUCACAAAUUUGCAAACUCUAAUCCUUCGUCAAGACAAGCCUCAACUAGAAGACAAUACGGUUGAGACUAUUGCAAAUUUCUGUCAUGACCUGCAAAUCCUGGACCUCAGCAAAAGCUUCAAGCUUACUGAUUGUUCACUGUAUGCCGUAGCCCAUGGUUGUCAUGAUCUCACAAAACUGAACAUCAGUGGUUGUUCAGCCUUUAGUGAUAAAGCUCUGGCUUACCUAGCCAGUUUACGCAGAAAACUCAAAGUUUUGAAUCUCUGUGGAUGUGUUAAAGCUGCAUCUGAUAUUGCAUUACAGGCAAUUGGACAUUACUGCAAUGAGUUACAGUCUUUGAACCUUGGAUGGUGUGAAAAUGUCAGUGAUGUUGGAGUGAUGAGUUUAGCAUAUGGGUGCCCUGAUCUUAGAACACUUGACUUAUGUGGCUGUGUCCUUAUAACAGAUGAUAGUGUAAUUGCCUUGGCAAAUAGAUGUCCUCAUCUGAGGUCCCUUGGACUGUACUAUUGCCAAAACAUAACAGACAGAGCAAUGUAUUCUUUGGCACAAAGCAAAGUGAAUAAUAGGAUGUGGGGAUCUUUGAAAAGUGGAAGUGAUGAGGAUGGACUAAGGACUUUGAACAUUAGCCAAUGCACAGCACUCACACCUUCUGCUGUUCAGGCUGUGUGUGACUCAUUCCCUUCACUUCACACAUGUUCUGGAAGACACUCACUCAUCAUGAGUGGUUGCCUCAAUUUGACAUCUGUGCAUUGUGCUUGUGCUGUCCAUGCACACCGUGCCAUUAGCAUUCUUCCUCAUCCUGCUCAUUGAGCCAUACAGAAAAGACACUUUGAGGAUGUGCCCUCUGAUGGGGUUUAGAGAAGUGAAGGAGAAUGUAGUUCUUGUAGAUAAAGCUUAUGUUGAUUACUGCAUCAUAGAACAACUUCAACUUGGUGACACUCGAGUUUCUCCGAAUUACAUGUGAAAAGCUUAGGACAUUUUGUAUGUAAAAAUUGUGUUUACUCCAAGUUUGGCUAUGAACUUGUGGUGAGACAUUGACUUCAAAAUUUGUAUGUUGUGGAAGGAUGUGCAUAUAAUGUCUUUUGUUAUUGAAAGUCAAGAAGCCAUAGUUAAGUCAGAUUUUCUUUUAAGAUUUUCUAAAUAAGAAAUGCAUUUCUU